AUGGCGGGAAGCGAGAGCCUUGGCAGCGCAAGCAAUGGAGAAGCGGCGGGACCGGCAGUCUUCUUGUUUGACAGGCGCUUGGAGCAGUCUGAGGGCGGCGAGCGACGGCUGCACGCUGGAGGGAGCUUCGCUCAAUUCAACAAUUAUAUCCGCCAGGCUUUUGGAAUCUCUUCAAAAGAAAAUUUUGUUAUAUCUACAACAAAUCGAACAGAAGUCACAGAAGCCAACUUCAGUUUGCUUAUUAGAGAUGGCAUCACUUUGUACAUUCUCAAGUCCAUUGAUCAGUUGCUACUUUCAGCAACAAAAGAGAAGAUAGAGUUCUUACCCCACUAUGAUACAUUGGUUAAAAGUGGAAUGUAUGAAUAUUAUGCCAGUGAAGGCCAAAAUCCAUUGCCUUUUGCAUUGGCAGAGUUAAUAGACAAUUCGCUCUCAGCAACCGCUAAUAAUUCAGGUAUCCGCAACAUACAGAUAAGACUGCUUUUUGAUGAGACACAAGGAAAAACGUCUGUGGCAGUUAUUGACAAUGGAAAAGGAAUGAAUACAACACAGCUUAAAAAUUGGGCAGUGUAUCGCUUGUCAAAGUUUACAAGAUAUGUUGAUGAAUCAAGAGAACAAGGGGGCUAUGUCCGCCCUCCACCAAUGCCCCGUAGUUUGAAUAGUGACAUCUCCUAUUUUGGUGUUGGAGGAAAACAAGCUGUUUUUUUUGUUGGUCAGUCAGUUCGGAUUAUCACGAAGACUACAAACACACAGGACGUACAUGAAUUUAUUCUCUCAAAAGAGGACUUUGAGAAGAAAGAAAAAACCAAAGAAUUUAUAUAUAGUGGUUUUAUUAGAAACCGAAAGCCAGCUGAUUCCUCUCAUGUCUCCGAAGAUGAACGCUAUCUUCACAAUUUUAUUCUGGAAGAAAAAGGAAAAGAUAGUUUUACAGCAGUGAUUGUUACCGGCGUACAGCCUGUGCAUAUACAGUUUUUGAAGAAUUUUUUUCAUUUAUGGACAAGACAGUUAGCGCAUAUUUAUCAUUAUUAUAUCCAUGGGCCAAAGGGAAAUGAUUUCAAGUGGAAUAAAGGCAUUGCAAGGCCAGCUGGCAAAAUUGACAUUGAGAUUUUUAUGUUUGAAAAAGGAAAGUCACCCAGAAUUGUUAAUCUGAGAGAGAUCAAAAGUGACAUGCAAACACUGUAUAUCAACAGUGCAUCUGAAAGCUUUGAGUUUAAAGCAGUUGUUGGUGGAGAUGGAGUAGUCGAGGGAAUCAUACGAUACCAUCCAUUCUUGUAUGACAGUGAAACCUAUCCUGAAGAUCCAUACUUUUCAAGUGGUGAAGACAUUGAUGACUUAGAUGAAGACUGCAUCAUUAUUGAAAAGGAGGCUCGAGGGAAGAGACCAAUAUUUGAAUGCUUUUGGAAUGGGAGACUGAUUCCUUAUACUACCAUUGAAGACUUUGAUUGGUGUGCUCCCCCAAAGAAGAGAGCAGUUGUUCCUGCAGAGUGCUAUAACAGAAUUUCCGGGGUUCUCUUUACAAAUGACAAAUUUGAAGUUAGCACCAAUAAGCUGACUUUUUUGGAUUUGAGUUUAAAACUAAAAGAUAAAAACACACUUUUUACCAGAAUAAUAAAUGGACAGGAACAGAGAGUGAAAAUUGACAGGGACUUUGCAGCUUGGGUUAAAGAUUGUCAUGCAAAGUACGACAAACAAAUAAAGUAUAUUGGUUUCAAAGGUACCAUUACUCGUACUGACAUUGCUUCAAAACGCAUGCAAAGUCCAUGGGCUACCUAUACAUCAAUAGAAUGGGAUGGAAAGAGAUACAAACCGGGGCAACUGGUGAAAACUGUAAAAAACAACCCUGUAAUCUAUGGAAGCAUUGUACAGUUUCUUUUACAUGGAGAUUAUGAAGGUGAUGUGUAUGCUACAGGAGGCGAAGUUCAAAUUGCUUUGGAACCUAAAGAGUUCUAUGACGAAAUAAAAUGUUUCCCAAUUAUAAAGCUUGACAGAAAUGCAAUGGUUUCUACUAUUACAAAAUAUAUAGAAGAUGAAAUGGCAAGAUUUCCUGCCACAAUAGCUGUUACAUGGCCUGAAGGAGAUGCUUUGGAGGAGAAUGAGGAAAAAGAUGCAGGAUCCCCAAUAGGAGCAUUAAAAGUUGAGAUUUUUAACAGCAAAGGAGAAGCAAUGCAAAAACUCCCAGGUACCAGCCAUGGAUCUGCUAAGAAACUCCUGGUGGAACUUAAAGUGAUUUCACAUAACUCAGCAGGCAGUGAUAAAGAAAUAAUUUCACAUAUUAGCCAACAUGGUGGCAAGUGGCCUUAUUGGUUUAAAAAAAUGGAAAACAUUACUAAGCUUGGAUAUUAUACACUGAAACUUCAGGUUGUGCUAAAUGAAAGCAAUGCAGAUACAUUUUGUGGACGACCACUUCCAUGUAAACAAAUUAACUUUAAAGUUGUUGAGGGUAAACCAUUCAGGUUUUCCGUUGGAGUUUUGGAUCCUCCAUUUCGGAUUGGUGUUCCAUUCAACAUACCUCUGAUAUUACAUGAUGAAUUUGGUCAUCGUACAUCACCUGUGAUUGGCAUUAAACCACUUCUUGAAGCAAGUGGUCUUACAGUUCAAUAUGAAGCAUUAAAUGUUGAUUCGGAAUUCAUUAUCAGAGAUGUAAUUGCCAGAGGACACUUGAACAAUUGCCAAGGGAAGAAUUUCUCGUUAAAAGUCAUGCUACCUGGUUUAAAAGAAGAGAGUCAGACGAUCAAGUUACGGUUUUUACCUGGACCCCCCAAAAUUCUGAAAGUUGAUCCAAAGUCUGAUGUCCUGGAUGCAGAGAAUGGCACAUCUUUGUCUUUUCAGAUUGAAGUUUUGGAUGAAGCAACAAAUAUUACAACUCAACCAAAAUUAGUCGUUCAGUGUAAGUUCACUGGUGCUCCAAAUCUUCCAGUUUACACUUUGGAUUGUAGCAAUACAGGAACUGGCAUUUUAACUGGGGCUGCUCUUAGAGUCCAAAAUAUAAAAAAGGCACAGAUAUUGACAGCAAGGAUUGAAAUACCUGGAUGUAAAAAUGUGAAAGCUGUGGAGAAGUCUAUAAAGGUUCAGCCCAGUACUAACGUAGCAAAACUUCAAAUUUUCAGUGUGGAUGAAGAUAAAGCUACUCAAAUUAAACACAAGGAUGAGAUUGAAUGGAUUGUUGGUGACACAAUGCAGAAUUUGAUCUUUAAAAUGUAUGAUGAGGGGGAGAGAGAAAUUGACAUCUCUUCUCUACUUGCAGAAAAAAUCAAGGUUAACUGGACACCUCAUGUUUGCAUGGAAAGCUUGAUCGAAGGUCGAUUACCCGAUGUUGAAGUAGGAACUUCAGUGAAGGAAAUUCGAUACUGCCAAGUGUCCUUUCAUGAUGAACGUGUUUCUUUGGAAAGUGCUUUUACUGUCAAACCUAUUGCUGAUGAACCAAAACAUUUAAAAUACACGCUCAAUGGGACUGAUAUAGUUCAGAUGGGAGAAGAACUGCAAAGUGAGAUAGAAUUAAUGCUCACGGACCAACAUGGGAAUAAAAUAGAAUCUCUGUCCCCUUCCUACGUAAAUUCACUGGGAGUUUCAGGAAAUAAUCUUGACAAAACUGGUUUAAAAAUUACUUACCAGGAAAACACACACACCAUAAAAGUCAAAGGAGUAAGGUUUCAUGUGGGAGCACCAGGAGAGAGAGAACUCUGCUUUGCAUGGCGUUCUUUUUCAAGUUAUGUAAAGUUAAACCUUGUUGCUGGUAUUCCAGCGAAACUUCUUCUGCUAGACUGGCCAAAAACAGAGUCAAUUACUGCAGUCAGUGGGAAGCCAAUGGAAAAGCCGCUAAUAAUUCAACUCUGUGACAAUUGGGGCAAUCUGUCUCCAGAACCAAAUGUAAAAAUUGCAGUGGCUAAGGACAACACAAUUAAGGUUAGCCAGCAACAUCAUCAGCUGAAGACUAACAGUGAAGGCCAAAUUAACAUGGGUUUUUUCACAUUUACAGCACCAAAGGGGGAAUACUCCUUGCAGUUUAAAGCGAUGCAUAACAAAUGUUCUUUGGAAAGCCAUGUACUAAAGUUAAAUAUCAUCCCAGAUCCUGAAAAACCUGUACGUGUUGUUGUUGAAUUUCACUCUGGAGCUGAAUUAGCAGCUGGAAAUACAUUUCCUGAUUUUGUGGUUCGUGUUGUCUCUGAGGAUGACAAAAUCAUUAAGAAUCUUAACCCAGUUGACUGCUCCAUGAGAAUGUGGAAGUAUCAGACACCUGGAGCAAAACCUCCAGCUAAUGCAACAUCAUUCCUUUGCAGCAAAGCCAGAGAUGGUGAUAAGGAUGGCUGCUUUUAUUUCAGGGAUAAAAGGAUACCAGACCGCAUUGGAAAAUACCGUAUCCAGUUUGUAUUUAUGGUUGAGAAGAACCUAACACUUUACAGUGAACAGUUUACGAUAGAUGUUGUUCCAAAUGUGCCUGUGAAGUUGGUGCCGCACCCACAGCCUGCUACGCCAGCAGUUUCUAAUGUAACGGAUGAAUCUAGCCGAACCUUGGUUAAGAAUCUGUGGCUCAAGAUUGUGGAUGAGCACAAUAAUGUGUCUGGGUCCAAUUUGAAUGGAAAAAUCAUUGCGAAGAUUAUAUGUUCCACAGACGAUGAUACAGAGAUUCCUCAGUUUGAAUCCAAACUUGAUCAGAUUGAGUUCCCCUUCAAAAAUGGAUCAGCUGAAAUCAAUAAGCUCAUCCUUGCUGAAAAUAGUCCUGGAAAUGACAGCACUGAAUACCAAAUCAUAUUCACUCUUGUAUCAUCCUCUAAAAAAGAAGUGAAACUGGAGCCAUAUUGCCUUCCUUUUAUGUUUUGCAAUGAUGUAAAGAAACGACAGCAGAUUGUAAAACUGACCAAGGUGAAAGAUCGGCUUUCCCAAUCAAUGGAAGUUUACAAAUGUCUCUUUGAAACAACAGAACAGCUUAUUAAGGAAAUAAAGUGUCAAGCAGAUGAAGCUAAAGCCAAAGAAUCUCAUCUAAUGAGUGAAUUAAAGAAAAAACAAAUUGAGAUUCCACGUCAAAAUCAGGUUGUACAAAUUGAUGCUACGAUAAAACAGAAGAUGUCACAAAGAGACUCUCUACUGAUUCAACCUAGAAGGAUUUGUACUCUUCCAACAUGCUCAAAUGUCAAUGCUGAUGUCUUAGGGAAGAUUGCUCAUUUAGCACAAAUUGAAGAUCCUGAAGUUGCAAAAGUAAUUUCAUGGCAUCUUGCUAGUGACAUGGACUGUGUGGUGACCCUGACAACAGAGGCUGCUCGCACGAUUUAUAAUGAGACACAGGGCCGUCAGCAAGUGCUUCCUCUAGAUUCCAUCUAUCAGAAGAAUCUCCCAGACUGGGGCAGGCCAUUACCACACAUACGUAAUGGAAAGAAUAGCUUUAAGCCAAUGGGUAAUCCAGUAUUUGCAAGAGAUCUUCUGGUCUUUCCAGAAAACAUUGACCAUUGUCAAAAAGUUUUUGGAAUGCUUUUGGGGGAGACCAUCAUUUUGGAUAAUUUAGAUGCUGCAAAUAACUACAGGAAGCAGCUUGUGCAGUUUACAUACUGCCCAACAUUGCUAACCAGAGAUGGGGACAGAAUCCGCAGCAAUGGCAAAUUUGGUGGACUACAGAACAAAGCACCUACUAUUGACAAACUGAGAGGGAUGGUAUUCGGAGCUCCUCUGCCAAAAGAUUAUGAAAGACUGUGUACUGAAAUAAAUCUACUGCAACAGUAUCAUGCUGCCCUUCUGAAGUCAAACCAAGUAAACAAGGACCUAAAUCAGCAUCUUGAAACCAUGCGCUCUCCAGAGAUGAAAAAGAAAAAACAGGAAUUUAUUGAACAGGAGAAGCAACUUAAGGAUGUUGAGCUAGAACUAGGACUAGGGAUGACACCAAAAAAUAAAACUACACAUCCUGAUAUAAAGCCUUCUGAUGGAGAUAUGUCGGACUGCCCAGUUCCUCGGAAACGCACGAGAAAGGAAAAUGUAAGGAAAACGUCCAGGUGAAAACCCAACAGGAUUUGGUGUAGGUCCUACCAUGCUGGCAAGUCUGGAGAAAAAAACUGAAGGAAAAUAGCACACCUAAAGUGUCAUCUGCAAACAAAUACAAUUUUUGUUAAUAGUUAAACGCAUUUUUUUUUUUUUUUUAGAAACAUUUUCAGAUUUUUAAGCCUGCUGUUGAAAGCUUUCUUUUUCGUCUUUACCAAUGCACACAUGCAAAUAAAACAAAUUUGUUUUCAUUAUCAAAUAUGCAGUUAGAAUCCACAGAAAACGCCUGAAAAUAUUUUACAAAAGUUAUUUAAAGUUAGAAGUCAUAAGUGUUUUAUAUGAUUAAAUGCAUGAAUACUUUUUUCCUAGUAUGUCCCUAAAAGUAGAGUGUUUUCCUUAAAAUUUUAAUUUUAACUGUUUCAUUCUUUACUGUACAUUUAGAAUUAUUUAAUUGUUUUUGCCAGAGUCUCCACUCUUUGUAUUA